UGAUAGGCAAACAAACAAAUCUAAUUUAGCCCCUUUCACACAAACACCACCUUUUCGUUUUCUGAAACCACGCCACGUGUAUUCUUACAAAAAAAAUUUCCAUUAAAAUAACUCCAUUUUUAUUGUCAUUGUUUUUUUAAAACUUUGUUAUUGUAAUUUUUCUAUCUAUGGAAAAAAAAAAAAUUAAAAACUUUCUCCUUUUCUUCUUGACCACGUCAGCACCCAAAAAAAUAAAAAAAAUAAAAAAUGAAAAAUCUGCAAUGCAAAGAAGGCCGUGGAGGGCCACCGUCCCCCCUCCUCCAAUCUUUCUUUUAUUGCCUUUAUUAUUAUUAUUAUUUUAAUACAUCGAUUCCUCUUUAGCUUCGUGUUCCUUAGCUAUCCGAUUCUUCUUCUUUUUUAUUCAUCUGGAAAAUUCUCUAAAAAAGCUUUUCUGUUUUUUCUUUAGCUUCCUCCAAGGAACUACGUCGUUUUUUUUGGUUAAGCUUAAUUUUGGGCUUUUGUCACUGAAAAAAACUGUGAGUUUUUUGGUCGGUUUGAAGUCAUCCGGAUCAGACGGGGACACGUUUCGUUGCAGCUCAAUUCGCUCAAAAAAUACAAAUACAACUCGGCUUCGCUGGCUUUUUUAACCGUCAAAUACACUUCAAAUUUCUUCGGGGAGGGAUAUUUUUCAUUUUUUAUUUUUAUUUUUUUGUGUUCUUCGGUUUGGCCGUCCGAUUAAGCAAUCUCGGAGCUCUGUCAUGGAAAAAUCGACGUUUUCCAAAGAUGGGUAUCUGAAUGGAGGUCAUCGUCCUUCUUUAUCUUCUACUUCUAUAAGAGAUGUUAGCUACAGCUGUGGCACCUGUGGAUAUGAGCUAAACCUAAGUUCCUCCAACCGGAAUACCUCAACAAUUGGAUCUAAAUAUGGCAAAUCUAUCAAGCGAGGGAUCAUAUCAUUCAUCUACAUCGACGAUAGCAGAUUUACUCAGGUUGAUGAAAUUCAAUGCAUACCUCAUUUCUCCAAGCACUCAUGGGGUUUGUUCCGCCGUAGGACUAAACUUCUUUGUCGCAAGUGUGGUAAUAAUAUUGGAAUUGCUUAUGAUGAUUAUACUUCAUCUUACGCCCUUGUGUCAGAUGGAUCAGAUUCAUGCUCGGGCAAUGAAGUUUCCAAACGCACAAAAUAUGAUAUCAAAAUUCGUGGUCUACAGCCAUUGUCCUCUGAAGAAUCUGGGAUUCCAAUUAUAGCAUGACAUACUAGAGCAAGGCUGUAAUGUGUGUCUGUUCACUAGUGGACCAUCAUCAACAACCAGGUAUUAUUGCUUGCAAGUCUAGUUUUGGAAAGGUGUUUAUUCUUUUUUGCCUUCUGAUUUGUUAUGUGCUUGUCGCUUUUUAUUUAGAAUAUAAUUUGUACAUAACAGUAUAAGUACUGAAAGGAAAGUUGUUGGUGUGGAA